AUGGUUCUCGGACGAGUCGCCCAUUAUGCCUUUGACGCUGUGCUGAUUUCGACGGUCCUCGCAGGCAUCAAGCGCAGUACUGGCUUAACUCCAACCAGCCUGAAGGCCGCGUCGAUGCCGAACUCGCCCAAGAAUACCGAUACCGAACAGAAUGUACAAGCAUGGCUAGAUCGGUAUCUCGGAGUCGGCGAAUGGGUGAUGGAUCAGUCAAUUGCUGUUAUGUCGAGCAGUUCAUACUUUGAGAGGAGGAGGAGUUGA